GAAGAAAAUCAACCAAACAACAACUAAAAUCCGAAGCUAAAAGCUUUUGAUUUCGAUUUGGAAUCGUUGAAAUGGAAUAUUCAUCUUCUUCCUUACAUUUCUUCGUGGAUCUGAUCUGAAUUCUGAGAGUGAGUUUUUUGCGUUUCCGGUCGUGGAUAUGGAGGAGAAAUUGAUUCAACGUCUUGAAUCCGCCGUGUGUCGUCUCGAGGCACUGUCUCCGGCCGCGUUCUCCACUCGCGGUGUUUCAUUGGAAAGUGACGACAAUGCGGCGUCGGAGCCUCCAAUUUUGGCUUUUGAGGAUCUGAUGAGGAAUUACGUUCGGAAAGUGUCCGAUGCUGCUGAGAAGAUAGGAGGUCAAGUCCUCGAGGCCACGAGGAUUGUGGAAGAAGCCUUUUCUGUUGAGAAGGAGCUUCUUGUUAAGGUCAAGCAAGCGAAGAAACCUGAUCUUGCGGGGUUGGCUGGAUUUCUCAAGCCACUGAACGAAGUGAUUUUGAAGGCAAACACAUUGACAACAGGGAGAAGAUCUGAGUUCUUUAACCAUUUAAAGACUGUUGCUGAUGCUCUCUCGGCUUUAGCCUGGAUUGCGUAUACGGGAAAAGAGUGUGGUAUGAGCAUGCCCAUAGCACAUGUUGAGGAAAGUUGGCAAACGGCUGAGUUUUACAGCAACAAGAUUCUCGUGGAGUUUAAAAACAAAGAUCAAAACCAUAUUGAGUGGGCCAAAGCUAUGAAGGAGCUAUUCUUGCCAGGUUUGAGGGAUUAUGUUAAAAGUUUUUAUCCUCUGGGACCAGUUUGGAAUCCUGCUGGCAAGAUGACUUCAGCUACUUCAACGAAUGUUUCUGCCCCAAGUGCUCCUGCUCCUCCACCUCCCUCAGCUCCCCUCUUUAGCACUGAAACUUCUCAAGCGUCAGCACGACCAAAAGAAGGGAUGGCUGCUGUGUUUCAGGAAAUUAGCUCAGGAAAGUCUGUAACAGAAGGUCUGAGAAAAGUUACUGAUGACAUGAAGACGAAAAACCGAGCAGAGAGAACUGGUAUUGUCAAUGCCAAUGAAAUUGUUCAUAAAAAUUUGCCUUCUUUGUCGAAGUCAGUUGUCGCUCCCAACCCCAAGUUCGAGCUUCAAAUGGGUCGGAAGUGGGCCAUCGAGAACCAAAUUGGAAAAAAGGACUUGGUUAUAUCAGACUGUGAUUCAAAACAGUCGGUAUACAUUUAUGGAUGCAAAGAUUCUGUAUUGAAGGUUCAAGGAAAGGUCAAUAACAUAACAAUUGACAAAUGCAGUAAGACAGGAGUUGUAUUCACUGAUGUUGUGGCUGCAUGUGAGGUUGUAAACUGCAAUGGCAUUGAGAUUCAAUGUCAGGGGUCGGCUCCCACUAUUUCGGUGGAUAAUACUGGUGGCUGUCAAUUGUAUUUAAGCAACAGCUCUCUGAACUCGUCCAUAACGACUGCCAAAUCAAGUGAAAUCAAUGUUUUGGUGCGAGGAAGCGAUGCAGAUGGUGAUUGGGUGGAGCAUGCUUUACCCCAGCAGUUUGUUCAUGUUCUAAAGGAUGGUCAUAUUGAAACAACUCCAGUUUCUCACUCUGGUGGCUAAUUCAGUUUCAUUUUCUGGUGAUCAAUACAUCUCUAAGCCAUUAACUUUGCUUCAUCAAUCAUCAUUAUUAUUAUUUACACUUGAUGUUUUGCUCCAAUUUGAU